GGUGUUUGCGAUGUCUGCACAUGCGUUGUAAACGUCACUUGCUGCAAAUGGAGAAUCGGAAUUUGACGUUGUCGUAAGACGACCUGCUUUAUUUUAUAUUAUUAAUUUUAUUGUCUGUUUUCCUGGAUUAAUUCAUUUUAACCUCGAAUAUUUCGGAUUAGACGUCUUUCAUGGGAUAUUGAGUUGUUUUUCAAGAUAACAGGCCUAAAAUAUACAUGUAUGUCUUGAACGCCAUGGAGCUUGCUCACAGUCUCCUGCUGAAUGAGGAAGCAUUCAAAAAAAUUCAGGAGUCAAAAAGGCCAGUAUUUGUUUUUGAAUGGCUGCGAUUCUUAGACAAAGUUCUUGGUGCUGCACAAAAGUCGGACAUCAAAGAAAGCCAAAAGAAACUAGUUGAACAGUUAACCAAUCAGAUCAGUGAAUCUCCUGGCCCUCCCACCCGAAAACUCAUAGCCAGAUGUUUGGCUACCUUAUUCAGUGUCGGUGAUACAUUCGAUUUGUUUGAAACAAUUAACAAAUGCAAUGAUAUCAUUAAAAACAAAGAUGAUUCUCCAAGUUACCUUCCUACACGGCUAUCCGCUGUGGCAUGUAUUGGAGCUAUGUAUGAAAAACUUGGACGUAUGGUCGGGCGCUCCUAUGAAGAUACUAUUCAAAUUCUCAUAAAAUCCUUGAGAAAUGCUGAGUCUCAAGGACGAUGUGAAAUCAUGUUAACUUUGGAGAAAGUGGUUGCUGGUUUAGGAUCAGCUGGGUCCUCAUGUCACAAGGAUAUUUACAAAGCUGCUAGGCAGGCUAUGACUGACAGGUCUAUGGCAGUGCGGUGUGCUGCUGCUAAGUGUAUGAUUCAGUUGGUAAAUGAAGCUCACUUCAUGUAUACUAGUGAACUAGAGACUGUUGCAUCAUUGUGUUUCCGUGCACUGGAUGGAUCAAACUAUGAUGUAAGGUGUGUAGUUGCUGUAUUGCUGGGAAAUCUCAUGGCAGUUGCACAGUCUCAAAAAGCUACAUCUCUAACAUUAACCAUUACCAUAUGUAAUAACUCAUUCAAUCUUUGCUUUACACAUCCACAUAUUUUUCUUACUUUUGUUGGUAUUAUUGUUGAGAUUAUUUUUGCUGUUGUUAGUGGUUUGUGUAUAGGCCUUAGCAUUGUUCAUAUUAGUGUUGUUUCUAUUGGAGUUACUCGUAAUUAUUCUAUUGUUGGUGUACAAAUAUUUAGUAUUGCUGAAGAAUUAUUGAGAACAGCAUCACAGAACAGUCGGCUCUCUCUGCAGCGAACUCAAGCUGGAUGGCUACUUUUGGGAGCCCUCAUGACUCUGGGUCCUGCUGUGGUGCGCAAUCAUCUUCCAAGGAUGCUAUUGCUAUGGAGAAAUGCAUUUCCAAGAUCAACAAAAGAGCUAGAGUCAGAAAAAGCACGUGGAGACUCCUUCACUUGGCAAGUUACAUUAGAAGGACGUGCUGGAGCUCUUGGUACAAUGCAAAGCUUCCUGCAGAACUGUCGAGAAUUGGUAACUGAAGAUGUCAUUCGCAGGCUUCUGGCCCCUCUAGAAUGUGCUCUAAUUAUGCUGUCUCACUUACCAAGUGUUAUUAAAGUUUAUGGCAACCAUUUGAAGGCUCCAUCUGCAAUGGUACGCUUGAGACUGUAUGACGUACUUUCCCUCUUGCCCCCAGAAUCAUAUGAAGCUACCUACACAACAUUGCUACGAGAACUAGUUGCAGAAUUCACAUUGACAGAUAACCCUGCUAAUACUACAACAUCACAUUUACGAUCAAUGUGUCAUGUAGAUGAUAGUGUAAUUCUGGGUUCCUGGCUUCAAGAAACUGACCACAAAGCCAUUGAAGAUCAGUAUGAACCUAAUCAUAGACGGGAUACAGAUAAUCUUCAACCAAACAGUGCAUCUGGUUCUGGUGCAUUGGAACAUGAUGCAGCAUCUCUCUAUGCGCGCAUACAACCAACUGAUCCUCCUAUUCCUGGUCCACUGCCACUUGGCGUGGCUGUAAUUGACAGUUCAGUACGUUUGUAUGGGCUAGUUUUCUACAAAGUAGCCCACAAACACCGUUAUCAGAUGCUGCAACAUUUUAACGAAUGUAUAAAACAAGCAAAAUCUUCUCGACAGCAAGCAGUUCAAAUGAACAUUUUCACUGCAGUUCUGUGUGCUUUAAAGAACCUUGCUGACACAAAGACUAGUCUGGGACCUGAUGAUGUCAAAAAAGCUGCUUUUAAUUUAAUCAUGGGUGCAUUGGGAAGUUCAAAUCCUAUUUUACGUUGUGCUGCUGGUGAAGCACUUGGACGGAUGGCUCAAGUUGUGGGUGAUAGCAGAUUUAUUGCAGAAAUGGCCCAGUAUAGUUUUGACAGGUUAAAAUCUGCUCGUGAUGUUGUAAGUAGAACUGGCCAUUCCUUGGCACUGGGAUGUCUUCAUCGUUAUGUUGGGGGAAUGGGUUCCGGUCAGCAUCUGAAUACAAGUGUUAGCAUCCUCUUGGCACUUGCUCAAGACUUCAAUUCUCCUGUUGUCCAGGUUUGGGCUCUUCAUGCAUUAGCUUUAAUUGCUGAUUCUGGUGGACCAAUGUUUCGUGGUUACGUUGAACCAACUUUAUCUCUGGUUCUGCAACUUUUACUGACAGUACCACCAGCCACUGUUGACGUGCAUCAAUGUUUAGGCAAAUGUCUUUCAGCAUUGAUUACUUCCAUUGGUCCCGAACUGCAAGGUAAUAUGGCUUCAAUUGCUGUUGCUCGCCUGUAUUGCCUAAUUUGUUGUGCUGUAAUGCAAGAUCACCCUGAUUCUCUGGUUCAAGCUGAAGCCAUCGCAUGUCUGCAGCAACUUCAUAUGUUUGCACCUCGUCAUGUUAAUCUCACUACUUUGGUGCCACAUCUUAGUGAAAUUUUGACAAGUUCUCAUCUUUUGUUGCGCCGUGCUGCUGUUGCUUGUCUCCGGCAACUGGUGACACGUGAAGCUCGAGAAGUGAGUGAACUUGCUCUUGCUUUGCCUGGAUCUACAUUUGAUUUAGGAAAUAACAGUAAAGAUCCAUCAAAGUCUAUGUAUGAGAGUGGUCUGGAAGGUACUUUGUUCAGCAUGCUGGAUACAGAAGUGGACAAUAAGCUGACCUCAGAUGUCCAAGACACACUCCUCAGUCUCCUACAGUCACUGGCUGUUAGAAAUCUAUCACGCUGGCUGAUGCUUCUCAAAGAGGUUUUAUCAGCAUCAACUGAUACUAGUAGCACCAUUCAAGAAACUAUUCCUGAGGAAAAUUAUCUGACUGAGAAAGAUGAAGAAGAUGAUGAUUCUGCUUUGAAAGCAACUGAAACUGAUAUUACCCAUCCAUCUGUUGCCCCAAGAUGGCCCACCAGAGUUUUUGCUACAGACUGUCUUAGAAAAAUCAUUUCAACAUGUGAAGGACAGGAUGGUCAGUUUGAUUUGGUGAAAGCAAGAGAAUUUCGUGAGCAGACUGGAAAAAGUAAUUAUUUAGUAUUACAUCUCUCAGAACUUGUGAGAAUGGCUUUCAUGGCAGCAACCUCAGACAGUAAUCAGUUAAGGCUAGCUGGUCUAGCUGCUCUUCAGGAUAUUAUAUUGAGAUUUGCUGAUGUGCCCGAGCCAGAAUUUCCUGGACAUGUGAUCCUUGAACAAUUCCAAGCUCAGGUUGGUGCUGCUUUACGUCCAGCGUUCUCUCCUGAAACACCUUCUGAUGUGACAGCUGCUGCUUGUGAGGUGUGCAGUACUUGGAUUGGCAGCGGUGUGGCACGGGAUUUGAAUGAUUUAAGACGUGUUCAUCAGCUACUUGUAUCCUCACUUGCCAAACUAAAAACUGGCAAAUUUACUCCCUUGCUCUAUAAUGAAAGUGCAUCAACAAUGGAAAAAUUGUCUGUUCUUAAAGCUUGGGCUGAAGUUUAUAUUGUUGCUGUAAAACGUGACAAAGAAAAGGCAGGUGUUAAUGCCAGUUUGAAAUCUGAGGAGCUAGAUGUGCAAGAUUUUCCUGUUGAGAGCCUACUCAGUUUGGUGCAACCAGAGUUAUCAAACUUAAGUGAGCACUGGAUGUCAGCUUUGAAAGAUUAUGCAUUACUCUCUUUACCACCAGAAUAUUCCAGCCAACUUCCUCCAGAAGGUGGUACAUUCUACCAAGCAGAAACCAUGGAUUCAUCUCGUAUACAUUACAAAAAGUCAUGGCCCCCAAUUCUUUAUGCUCUGUCAAUUUGGUUAAAUGAAGCUGGCUUUUUAAGUGUCAACCGUGAAUUUGGUGGCGAAAGUAACAAAUCAGCCAAAAAUGUCCCACUGGCUUCAACAAUGCCAGCCAAUAUGAAACCAGAAGAAGUCAAUGCUGAUAGAUUAUAUUUAAUAUUGGGAAUUUGCAUGGAGUCUCUUUGCUGUCCAACAUCUUUGCUUUCUGAGGAAACUGUUAAUACUUGUUUGCGAGCUUUGCAUAUUCUAUUGGAUACGAGAUGGCCAAGAAAACAAAUUGGAGAAGACAUGAUUCUGGCUAAGGAACUGCUUAAUGUGAUGCACAGAAUUCUACUUACAAGAGAAAAUGUUCAGACACAUUUACUGGUCAUGGAAGUUGUAAAACAAGUAAUUAAAGCUAGCCAUGAGAAUCUUGAUAGUGAAGGGAGAAAAACUAAAGAAAAUAGUGUGCAAACACCAAGCAAAGAUGGUAGUACUGAAUCAAUGGAUACCAUUGACAGCAACUAUGUGAUAGGAGAAGGAGGAGAAAGUGGUGAAAUUAUUAAAGGAAAGUCUGUAGUAUAUGCUACCUUAGAAGUUUGUCUGUGUGUUCUUGUGCGCCAGAUUCCAGCCCUUAACCCUACUGCUGCUAAUACUGGCUUUCAAGUUCCAACCCACCUUACCAAGAUGACUGAUGAAGCCUGUCAGUUAAUUUCAUCCGUAGUAUUGGUCAUGGCAGAAUUACCAAACUUGUGUUCUCCUGCAGGAUCAGUGACUAUUCUUCCCACAAUUUUGUAUCUGAUUACCAGUGUUUUGCGUGAAACUGCUGCUAGAUCAGCUGAACGGAAAUCACCAGCCAUUGUCACAUCAUGCCUGCAGUGUUUGAAAACACUAUGCUCUUCUCAGUUUAACAAAGAAGAUACUGUGUCUAAUGACUGGUUAAAAAUGCUACAGAGUUCUUUAGCAACUAUAUUAGAUUUUUCUCAACCAGGAGACGACAAACCUGGUCUUGAUGAAAGUACUCUUAUUCUAACUCUGGCUGUGUUUGCCAUGUCCAGUCCAAAAGAAGUAACAGCUGUACCAAAUUUGAUGAACCCUUCAUUAGAAAUUUUCAAAGAAGCUUGGGAUUCUAAAAAUGUGGAUCUUCAGUUGAAGAGCAUUCAGACUUUUAUCUCCAUUCUACAACAUACAGACCGUGUUGUUUACACACCAUUUAUCCAUGCCUUAGCUCCCAAAGUUACUGAGUAUCUUUAUUCAAUUACUAAUGAACAGCCUCAAAGUGAGACAGAGCUCAGCCUGAUCUUUGAAUCUAUAAAGAUGCUGGAAACAUUACUAGAUUUGGCUGAUGAUGAGAAACGUGUGAAUAUUAUCCUGGUACUUGUUCCUAUCUUGAUUUCAUAUUUACUCAGUGAUAAAAUACUGGUGUCAUGUUCACCAGCAUCUAAGCUCUUACAUGACCAUGCAUUGCAGCGUCUUAUGAAAGUCGGUCCUUUGUACCCAAAAGAUUUUCGCAGGGCAAUGAGUUCUGCUGUAGAUCUCAAGCCUCGUUUGGAAGCUGCAGUGAAAGCAAACCAGACAUCCCAAAAAAUGGCACCAAACCAACAGAAUAUGAAGCUCAGUGCUCAACCAACGAAACCUACUAUAACUUUGAAGACUGACUUCAGCAACUUCACUGGUUGACUUUAUUUUUGAGUUUUUGAUUUUUGGACCAGCCUCUCACAGAAGUGCAACAGCUCUGUGUGUAGAGGCCAAGAAAUUCAAGCUGAUAAAGUUGUAUAGACCCAGAGAUUUGCACUCAUAUACUCACACGUCUAUAUUAUACAUUUGUAUCUACCAACCUAUAGAUAGGUUCCCAAAAUAUACAUAAAUUGACAUUUUAAUGACCAAAUAUGAAAUUAAUUUCCAAAGAGAAUUCUGCAUUCAUAUAUAUUUCUGUGCAAAAUAUUUGACGGAUACUAUUCUGCCAUCUCUGAGUGCUAAUAAUGAUCUACUUCUAACAGCCACCCCUCCCCAUCAAACAACAAGGAUCUUUCUUUUUGUUGUUCAAACUGCUAAUAUGUAUGUAAACUCAAUAGUCCACUGCUGGUCUUUAAUCCAUUUCAUUAAUUUACCACCCUUACACCCGUUUAAAUUCUUCUCCAUUUCUUUAUUGCCCCACACAAUGGAACUAAGAAACUUUUGGUUAAUGGAACUGAAAAUUUUGUCCCCUCUUUUCCCCCAACUUUUUAAUUUGGCAUAUAGUUUUAAAAAGUUUAACUCUAAACAUAAACUGAAGUUGUGGAGUUCUGAAAUUUCUUAUAAGAAAUUUUUAAAGUUUGAAAUUCUCUUACACCUCAGAUCUAUAUACUACUUCAUUUUGUUACCUAAAUUGCUGCUUUUUAUUUUAACUCCAUUUUUUAAAGGUAAAGCUUCUGUUAAGCGUAGCAGCAUAGCUAUUAUGUUUCUAUUGUAGUACAUACAUUUUGAUAAUCUACCAUACCAGCAUGGAACAAGAUGACACAACAAUGGGGUUAAAAUUUAUUAUUAUUAAUUGUAUUAUUAAUAAACUAAAAAUCAUUAAUAUGGAAGCACUUGAGAUUGUGUAAAGAAAACCUGUUCAUCACAUUAGUUAUCAAUAUUUUGAUUCUUUUAUUAUACCAGCUGGCUGCCUUACUAGUAGGAUAGUUUUGUCUGAACUAUAAAUUAUUGCAACAAUAUCUUAAGCAUAUAUUCAUGUAUGUGUCUAUGUGUAAGUGUUAGGUACACAUAUGCACAUAUAAAUAAAGCUAAACAAUCAAUAUUUGUUUGCUUUUACUUCUGUCUACUUUCUAUCAGUUCUAUUCAAAGUAGUUUUAUAAAUUAACAAAGCACCUGCUAAUAUAUUUUAUUUGAAAUAAUGUCAGCAAAUAGUAGUAACUUUUUUCCACUGAAAUAAAAAAAAAUCUUAAAGAUAUAUAUAUCUGAUAAUUUAGUUACAAGUAUUUUGACACAAUGACCAUGAAAUUAGGGUAUUAAAACCAGUGUUUACACUUUCUUGAAUAGGGAUAGCCAUUGUGUUGUACUUUUGGGCAAGGGACAUAACUCUGCCUACCUCUCUGCUAGACUAAUAUCAAAGUGAUUAGUGAUAAAAUGGGCAUCCAGCUGUCAAACCAGUUGCUCCAGCAAAGCCAUCCUACCUAUAUUAACACGUAAAAUAAUACCAAUGUCAAUAUUAAUGAGAUUAAAUUAUAAAUUAGAAACCUUAUUAGGAAUUUCAAUGAUAAAUGUUUUUUCUAAUUAAUAACAACAGUGAAAUAUAUUUUGAUUAUUACAUUUAUCAAUAUCAUCUUUAUAUAAAUUUAUCAUUUGUAACCUAUAUUCAAUAACAUAAAUUAUAUAAUCGUUUUUGUUUUUCAUUAUUAUAUUAACUGAUCCAGGAAAAUUAAUAUAUAGUGUAAACUGUUGGUGUGUGGAAGGGUGGAAAAUUUGAAGUUAGUGAAAUUUAGACUUCAUAUAUGAAAUUUACUCUAAUUUGAUGGCUUGCAGUAACAGUUCACUUGAUAAAACUUUCCUAAUGCACCUUGUAGCAUAAUUUCAAUUCUUGCUGAUUAAUUUUGCUGGAAAUCUUAAUAAACAAAUCUUUCAGUGACUUGC